GGGGUGUCUCACGAAAAGCCUGAUGCUGGACAAGGAUAUGGGGUGGUAUGGGGUAGGCACUGUAGGGCAUGAAGCCAGCUCUCUGCAUAGGGACACCUGGGUCGCAGCAGAUUGGGGACAGGAGGUGACAGCUGGCAUACAUACUUGGCACCCCUGGGAUGGGACGGAUAGGGCUGCGGGGCUGAGACCCUGCAAACUCGUGCCAUGGGUGAGCUGAGCUAGGCAGCAAGCCUGGAGGCAUAGGGGCAUCCGUGCUGUGCUGUACCGAGCUGUGCCAUGCUGUACUGUGCUGUACCAGGCUGUGCCAAACUGCUGUAAUUUUCCAAGUUCUAGGAAGGCAGAGCCCUUCCACGGCUGAUCCACUCUGGGAAAGCCCCAGAAAAAGUGGGGAGUGCUGGUAUCCUGCCCAGCUAGGUGCUGUGUGGAGCACCCCAUCUCCAUUGUGUUGAGGUCCCCCCCUGGCUGCCUGCCACUUAUCAGUGCUGAGUCACGGUACCAGGCAGAGCUGUGGGGACCGGGUGGUGGCCACAGGGUCACUGAGCUAGCUGGGGUGGCCUGGCUGGUGACCAUAGGUUUCGAUGCCCUGUUCUGAAAGAGGAAAUAGAUCAUGCGUUGGGGUUCUGUGCCCAGAGAUGGAUUCUGCCAUAAGUGCCACGGGGAAGUGACCCCGUGAGGUGCCCAGCAGGACAGCUCGCAGCUGGCAUGGCGCAGCCCAGCGCACCCCCCCCGUACGACGACAAGAACCCCCUCUACCCCCCCAGUGCCUACCCCCAGCCCUCCCACUAUGCUGGAGGGUACCCACAGCCAGGGGGGUACCCUGCACCUGCGGGCUAUGCAGCACCAGGGGGGUAUGGGACACCAGGAGGGUACCCACAGCCAGGGAUGGCUAUGCCCACCAUGCCCAUGCGCUUUGGUGAUAACUAUGGAGGUGACGGUAUGGGAGGCAGCUCCCCCAUCCAGUCGGCUGACUGGGAUGACAGAAAAGUACGGCACACCUUUAUCCGCAAGGUCUAUGCCAUCAUCUCCGUGCAGCUGCUGGUGACAGUGGGGAUCAUCGCGAUGUUCACCUUUGUGUGAGUGAGGCGGUGAUGGG